AAGAGUCGCGUUCUAUCUUUUUCUCUCUCUCUCUCCCCCGGCGUUCUAUUCUAUCCAAUCGCUUGACGAAUUUCUAUGUACAUAUAGACUUAAUUAGACUUGUUCUUCAAGAUGGAGAAGCUACUGCUAAAGGAUUUCGACAUUCCUUCGAAGAAUCCGUCUGAAGAAGCUUUGAAUAGAUGGAGAUCUGCCGUAACAAUCGUCAAAAAUCGCCGUCGUCGCUUCCGUGGAAUCGCAGAUCUGGUCAAAAGAGGUCUUGCAAAAGAAAAGAUCCAGAAGAUUCAGGAACAAUUGCGUAUUCUAAUCGUGGUUCAGAAAGCAGCUCUCAUUUUGAUUGAAGGUGGAGGUGUGGGGAAGGAGCUAUCUGAUGAAGCUAGAGAAGCAGGCUUCAAGAUCCACCCAAACGAACUCGCAUCUUUUGUGCGUUCCCACAACAUUAAACAACUAAAAUCGCUUGGGGGAGUUGAGGGUAUAGCCUCGAGAAUCAAUGUCUCAUUUGAUGAAGGCGUUAAGCAAACUGAUAUUGCCAUCAGACAAAAUGUUUAUGGAGUGAAUAAAUAUGCAGAGGCUCCUUCAAAAGGUUUUUGGACAUUUGUUUGGGAUGCACUUCAUGAUAUAACACUUAUAAUCCUUAUGGUAUGUGCUGUUGUUUCGAUUGGUGUCGGUUUAGCCACAGAAGGCUGGCCUAGUGGCAUGUAUGAUGGAGUUGGAAUCCUCCUUAGUAUAUUCUUGGUUGUGUUCGUCACUGCUAUUAGUGAUUACAGACAAUCAUUGCAGUUUAAGGAUUUAGAUAAGGAGAAGAAGAAUAUUAUUGUUCAAGUCACCCGAGAUGGGUAUAGGCAAAAAGUGUCCAUUUUUGAUUUGGUGGUUGGUGAUGUUGUGCAUUUAUCGAUAGGUGAUCAAGUUCCUGCUGAUGGGAUAUUCAUAUCGGGGUAUAGUUUGUUGAUCGAUGAAUCAAGCUUGUCGGGUGAAAGUGAACCUGUUAAUAUAGACAAGACGAAACCUUUCCUUCUUGGUGGGACUAAAGUGCAGGAUGGUUCGGGUAAAAUGUUGAUUACAACUGUCGGUAUGAGGACCGAAUGGGGUAAGUUGAUGGAAACCUUGAGUGAAGGAGGUGAAGACGAGACCCCAUUGCAGGUGAAGCUAAAUGGUGUUGCUACUGUUAUUGGGAAGAUCGGUUUGGGUUUUGCUGUUUUAACGUUUGUAGUUCUCUUGAUAAGGUUUCUAGUGACUAAAGCUAUCAAUGGUGAAUUCACUCAAUGGUCUUCUUCGGAUGCGCUCCAGCUUUUAAACUAUUUCGCUACUGCUGUUACUAUAAUCGUGGUUGCAGUUCCUGAGGGGCUGCCACUUGCUGUUACACUUAGUCUGGCUUUUGCUAUGAAGAAGUUGAUGAGCGAAAGGGCCCUCGUUAGACAUCUGGCUGCUUGCGAGACUAUGGGUUCGGCUACAUGCAUUUGCACGGAUAAAACAGGUACUUUAACCACGAACCAGAUGGUGGUUACGAAGAUAUGGUUAUGUGAAAACGAGAAAGAAGUUAAGGAUGAUGAAAACCAAGAAAAUAUAUCUGGAAACGUUGCGGAGUUGCUAUUGCAGGCGAUAUUUCAGAACACGGGAUCGGAGAUUGUGAAAGGGAAAGAUGGGAAGGAAUCAAUUUUAGGGACACCCACUGAAUCAGCUUUACUUGGGUAUGGUUUGAAAAUGGGCGGGGAUUUCUUUGCUCAGCGGCGGGAAAUUAGUAUCUUGAAAGUUGAACCGUUUAAUUCGGUUAAGAAGACAAUGUCUGUUCUUGUGGCGCUUCCAAACGGGUCUCAGAGAGCGUAUGUUAAAGGUGCGUCCGAGAUUAUUUUGAAAAUGUGUGAUAAGAUGGUUAUCGGAGAUGGGGAAGUUAUUAGUAUGUCGAAUGAACAGGAAAUGUUUGUUACCGAUGUUAUUAAUAGAUUUGCGUCUGAAGCACUUAGAACUCUUUGUUUGGCUUAUAAAGAUGUUAAUGAUGAUGAUAUUAACGAUGGUCCAAUUCCGGAUUGUGAGUAUACAUUGAUAGCGCUUGUUGGGAUUAAGGAUCCUGUUCGACCGGGUGUUAAGGAUGCGGUUAAGAGUUGUUUGGAUGCUGGGAUAAGUGUUCGAAUGGUCACUGGAGAUAAUAUAAACACGGCUAAAGCCAUUGCUAAAGAAUGUGGAAUACUUACCGAUGGUGGUUUGGCUAUAGAAGGGCCUGAUUUUCGCAAUAAAUCUCCUGCAGAACUGAGGGAAAUCAUUCCCAAAAUUCAGGUUAUGGCUCGAUCGCUUCCUUUGGACAAACACAUGCUGGUGACCAACCUGAGGGGUAUGUUUAGAGAGGUUGUCGCGGUUACUGGCGAUGGAACAAACGAUGCUCCUGCUUUACAUGAAUCUGAUAUUGGGCUUGCUAUGGGUAUUGCUGGAACAGAGGUUGCCAAAGAAAAUGCUGAUGUGAUCAUAUUGGAUGACAAUUUCAAGACUAUAGUAAAUGUGGCGAAAUGGGGACGGGCUGUGUACUUAAACAUUCAGAAAUUCGUGCAGUUUCAGUUAACAGUCAAUGUCGUUGCUCUUGUGCUGAAUUUCGCAUCCGCGUGUAUCACAGGAUCUGCACCACUUACUGCUGUUCAAUUGCUGUGGGUAAACUUAAUAAUGGACACUCUUGGAGCAUUAGCACUGGCUACUGAACCACCACAUGAUGGGCUGAUGCAAAGGCCUCCUGUUGGGAGAGGAGAAAGUUUUAUAACCAAGAUCAUGUGGAGGAAUAUUCUCGGUCAGAGUGCUUACCAAUUGAUUGUGUUAGGACUUCUCACUUUCGACGGAAAGAAUAUUCUCCGGCUAAAAGGCUCCGAUUCUACAGCUAUUCUCAACACCUUCAUUUUCAACACCUUCGUCUUCUGCCAGGUAUUUAACGAGAUAAACAGUCGAGACAUGGAGAAAAUAAAUGUUUUCAAGGGUCUUUUCAGCAGCUCUGUCUUCUUGAUCGUCAUAGCUGCAACGGUAGCAUUCCAAGCCAUCAUAGUAGAAUUCCUUGGGACAUUUGCCAGCACGGUUCAAUUAAGUUGGCAGUUAUGGCUUCUAAGCAUCAUAAUUGGUGCAAUAGGUCUGCCAAUAUCCGUCGUCUUAAAGUGCAUACCAGUUCAAAAUUCGUCAUCGCCUAAGCACCAUGACGGUUAUGAUCUAAUUCCCGGUGAAGCCUAAAUAGCUUGAUGAAUAAACAUGAUAUCCGGUAACAUCAAACUUUUCUAACUUAAAAGAAAAAUCAAGAUUUGUUAACAGGGCAAGACAUUUUGAGUUUGAGUUACUUUAUGAUUAUCUCGAUAUUCUUCAACAGCUUUUCAAUGUUUAGUUGACAUGAAUUUCUUUUAAGUUACA